AGCUAUUAUUUGUUAGAAUUUUGAUUUGUUUUUCUAUUACUCCAAAUGUUGACUCUAACCGUGUUUGUUUUCCUUCAAAAUAGACGGGGUUCAUUGUGCCGGACACCUUCAAACAUGAUUGUCUCAUCCUAGCUGGGAAGUUAAUGAAAGACUUCAAGAAUAGGAUGACAAAAGACAUCAUAAUGCCCGCGUUGAAAGAGAAUGAUCUGGGACGACUGGCACAAGUCCCUGAAAAGCACCCGGAGAUCGACGCUGCUGAUUGGUGCAAAUUUGUUGAAAGUAGACUAACUCCUGAAUUUCUGGAAUUGAGUAAGGUGCAACGUGAACGUUCCUCAAAAAUUCAAUCCAGACAUCGAAGUGGUCGGAGUGGAAUGGUGAACGUACGGGAAGCUGUGAAAAAGGACCUCGAAGUUGCAGAUCCUCCCCGCCACCGUGUUUGGAUUAAAUCUCGCACCAAGAGUAGAAAACUUGUCACUGAUUACGACAAGGAAAUUGCCGAGAAGAUAGCUCAAUUAGAGGAGAAGCUUAGUCAGGGACAAAUUCAGGUCCAGGGCCAAAACGAUAUCCUCACGCAGGCGCCGGACACCGCAGCAUCCCGGACGUGUCGUGGCCGCUGGCUGCAACCUCCGACUUUUCUAGGAGGUAUUGACAUAAUUAAGGCCAAGCAGUGGAUGAAGAGACGACUGAAUGCCACAAUCAGUCGGGACUUGAAGGUUACCACUUCAUAUGACACUUUGUACAAGAAAGUGAUAGAGCUAGCCUUAAUUGUUGAGGAGGCUGAAUAA